UUGUAUUAUUUCCUGUUUCCGUUCGGGGAGAAAACAGAGUGGCAACGCGUGGUUCAAGAGACUCGCGCGCGUUUCAGUCCCGUGUUACUUUAAACAACGACAAGUUAAGUUAGAGAAAAGGACUUUGGUUAAGUAGAUACCGGAGACUCGCUCACGGGCAUCAAGAGAACCGGACCGGCGAACCGAGUCACUUGAGUGAUAUAUUAACACGCGUGUGAAGAAGGUAAUUAGAGAUCGGCCGCUGUUCUUCAUCAGAGAAUCACAGACCAGCUUAAGGUGCAGGAUCACAGCUGCUGGUCUUCAGGAUGGUGGUCUUCACGUGUAAUGCCUGCGGCGAGUCUCUGAAGAAAGCUCAAGUGGAGAAACACGUGCUCAAGUGCCGCGCCUGUCAGGUUUUGUCUUGCAUCGACUGCAGCAAAGACUUCUGGGGCGAUGAUUACAAGAACCACAACAAGUGCAUCAGUGAAGACCAGAAGUACGGCGGUAAAGACUUCCAGGCGAAGGCGAACAAGGGUGAUGUGAAGCAGCAGCAGUGGAUUCAGAGGAUCCAGCAGGCCAUGGAGCAGCCUGACGUUGAGCCCAGCAUCUGGAAGGUCCUGCAGGUGGUCAGCACUCACAAUAAUGUGCCGCGUAAGAAAGCCAAGUUUGAGAACUGGAUGAAGAACUGUCUGAAGAUCAACACCCCGUGUUUACUGGAGAAGGUCUGGGAGAUUUGCUCAACGACUGUCGACAGUAACAGCAACCAAACCAUCCAUAAGACAGCGAACAAAAACAAGAGAGAGGAGCAGAAAGAUAAGAAGAACAAGAGAAAGACUUCAGAUGAGAAUUCAGAGGAGCAGAACAGAGAAAACACAGAUGAGAAACAGAGGAGAAAAAAGAGGAAACGAGAGGAGAGAGAACAGAACGGACAGAACGCAGACGAAAAGAGCAACAAAAAACAGAAGAAAAGAAAACAGGAGGCAGUUGAUGAGAGUCUGAAUCAUGAGGGGGAGGAGCCAGAGAGUCUGAAUCAUGAGGGGGAGGAGCCAGUGAACCAAGAGUCUGAAUCAAACUCUACAGGGAAGUUUAACUGGAAAGGGACGAUAAAGGCAGUUCUGAGAAACGCUCCGGAGGACGGACUCGCUGUCAAGAAACUCCGCAAGAAGGUUUUAGCGGCGUAUUACUCUUUCACUGGAGACUCAAACUACAGAUCUGAAGAAGAGCUUCUGUCUCUGUUCAACAGAAAGAUCAACAACAACCCCAAGUUUAAGAUCCUCAAAGACCGAGUCAGACUGGUGAAAUGAUGCACAUCUUCAUCAUCGUCUUCAUCUCUA